CAUGAGGAAGUUUAAAAAGAAGCGUUCAACCAUAUGAAACCUGUUAUCUGUUUCUUUAUUCGUAAAGUAUUUUUCUGUAGCAAAAUGUUAUUAUGCGAAAGGAUAUAUGAUACGGAUGACAAAAAGCAGCAGAUGUAUAAUUGUACAUAAGUGUAGGAUUGUUAUUGUUAUACAGGAUAUGUUAUUUCCUUCCCGAAUAUUUUGGAAUGUUAAAUAUUUAUUUUCGUUAAUACGGUCUAAAUAUCAACAUAUGUUAAGAGUGUAAAGCUAUCAUACAAGGAUUGUUAUGUGAAAUUUACGAAAAAAAAACCCACACACAAUAAAAGCGUCGCCGGGAUGACCGAUGAUGAAGAUGCCAUGGAUAUGGAUCGUGCAAGUCGCUUAAAGGAACAACCAACUGUUGAAAAAGAUGUAAUUCCUCCUGAAGUGGUCUUCAAGAAGGAAGUAAUGGAAGAGCACCCAUACGACAGUGUGAAUGAAGAGUCCAUGUUAACUGACGAACAAUUAGCCGGUAAAACUGCAUCUGCCGCGAUAAAGGACAUCCACACGGUUUCAUCAACUAAUCGUACACGUCGUUUUGUGAAAAAGAAAAGCACUUCCAAUGUCGAAACAAACUGUGCCUCAAAUCCCGAUUGUACUGAUGGUGGUUGUUUGACAGUAUCAGAGUUGAAUUCACACACAAAUAAAACACAGGGAAGCGGAACGACGUCCAUAUCAAAAACUUUGGGUCCACCAUUACCUCCAGCAAGAACAUCGAAAGAAGAUGUCCAUCCAACAUCUUUAACAUCAAAUACCGUACGGGUUUUUAAUGAAUCCAUUCGAAUUCGUCGGCCUAUAACGGGCAAUGUUAGAUGUGUUGGAGAAGAAACAUCAAGCACUACAUCAAGUCGUAUAAUUGUGAAAGGCUUAGAUGAUGUUGAUGAUCUUGAUAGCGUCAAAUCGUUCUUUCAAGACACACGUCGAUUUGGAGUGGGUUAUAUAACAUUCAUUGAACGAUGCGAUAUUACAAACGCUUUUACCAUUGAAUUUCAAACACCCGAAGCUGCACAGUCGGUACUUACGAAAGCAAGAUCAGGGACACUACGAUUCGGCGAUUCUAAAGAUAACAUGACUAUAGAACCGUGUCCAGAAAAAGACAAAAAGUGUCUGCUUGUCAAUUGUAUCGAUGUUAGCUCUACACAAGAGGCUAUUACAGAAUAUCUUCAUGAACACUGUGACAUUGCCAAUGAGAGAAUUAUGAGUAUACUAUUUGGAACAAAAGAAGGGGCUGCAGUUAUUCAGUUUGAUUCACCAAGACCAGAUAUCGAAACCAUUCGGAAACGACUGAGUAAAAGGCCGUUCAGAGGGAAAUUGUUGAGAUUUGAUGAGGUAGAAACAUGUAGAAGCAUUAUUGUUCAAAAUGAAGAUCCAAAUCUGUCUGAGGAUGAAAUUGUAGAAUACUUCUCAAAAAUGGGCCAAAGCGGUGGCGGAAAGAUAGACGCAGUCCAUAUCUACCUUCCCCUAAAUGCAUAUGUUGUUGUCUUUCGAUUUGCUGAAGAUGCUCAACGUGUUUUAGCGCAAAAUCCGCAUAUUAUCAAUGCAAAAGCACUAACUGUUGAGCUCACUGUUGAUCCAUUCUUUGCAAGUCUUCAAGCAACGUCUAUUAAUGAGAUCACUACACAAGAGCCUCUUAUUUUCAACGAUUUGGACAGAUACAUCGUUAGAUUUGUACAAAAAUCAGACGAAUAUCGAAAUGAUUUGGAAUGUAAAAUAGCUACGCUCAAUGGAAAGGUGGUUUGGCCAUGUGAAUCGUAUUCUGACGGAAACGACGAAAGUGAAAAACACCUGCAAGUUAUUUGUACAAUUGAUCCGAGCAAAAUGCCUGUUAAAUCUCUUAAAGUGAUUCUUAAAAACUGGAAGCACAUUUGUUCGCGAAACAUUCAACACUUUUUUCAACAAUUUGAGACGACGAAAGCAAUUUUGGUCGCCGACCAGGUCUGGAACACCUUAAAUCAGUACAUUGACACAAUUGGCGACACUAAAUGGAGGGACAGAGCUGCGUUCAGAAAUAACCAGUUUUUAAGCGUGAGAAUAGUCGGACGAAAGGAAUUUACAAAAGACUUGCACGACAUCAUUGAACAGAAGGUGGAUAAAUUCGAAAAAGAUUUUGUCGCUUUACAUAAGACAAAUGGUGUACAAAAAGUUAUCCAACUCAAUUCCAACGAAAUGUCUCUUCUUCGGUAUUCAAGGGCUCUCGAAAAAAUAGGAAAGCGAAUGCCUACCGUUGUGAUAAAACCGUUAGACGUAAUAGAUGGCCUUGAACUUUCGGGUGAAAUCGAUUCGAUCGAAGAAGUAAUCGAUACAAUACAGUGCAGCUUGAACAGUUAUUCGAGGGAAGUGCUAAAUAGCGCCAAACAUGGAAUAACUUGUAAGACACUUGACUUACUGAAGACUCCGGAAACUGAGGCCUACAUCGCCGAUAAAAUGGAUAAAAAGAUAGGAGGAAAUACCAAAGCUUGCUACGGUCUAGACAUCGACAACAACGUUGAGGUUUGUGCUACGGAUAAAGAAUCUCUUACGAAAGCCAUCAUAAUUAUUAGAGAUUCAAUCAAGGAAAAAGAACUUAAAUCAGUAACUCCACGGCAUCGAGCUAUGCUAUGUGGACAUGACGGUGAUAUCUUGUUUACCAGUUUGCAGGAGAAACACAUGGGUCUUUUUAUUAGCUACAAACACAAAGAUGGAUCGAUUAGCUUUGUCACCAUUGAUUCUAUUUUUGAGGAGGUAGAAGAGAUGAUAUCACUGUUUAUAGACAACCAUGAAAUAAUUUCGGAAUUCAUCGAGGUUGGUAGUGGUCGUUUAGCCUACCUUUUGACGUAUAAAGCAAACGAGCUUGAAACCAUUGAAGACGAAUACCGACCAAAAGGCGUUGAGAUAUCAGUUGUAGAAGGGAUGAAAAAUGGCUUUUCCAUUAAAGGAGAAAAACAAUAUUGUCGGGAAAUAGGUCAGAGAUUACAUCUGAUGGUUGACAUAAUCAUUGAAAGAAGUCAUGAACUAAAAUGGGAUGGUUUCCAUGAAUGCCUCAAGGGAAACAAAGGACCCGGCGUUCAGUCCAAGAUUUCAAUGAUUGGGCUUGAAAAUAAAUGUGUGGUAAAGAUAUUGCCAAAUGAAAGAGACGACCCAACAAACAAUAGCGCCAGUUUGAUCGAUACGAAGUUUUUCACCACAAUUGGGAAUCUAAACAAAUCUCUGUACUUGGUUGCGGGUGAUAUUACCGACCUUGAUGCUGACAUUGCUGUCAUCCCAUCAAAUUCAAGUCUUGAGCUUUCUGGUGGUGUCGGGCGAGCAGUAGGAGCUAAAGGAGGUUUCGAAAUUCAGAAAGAAUGUUUUGACAAAGUUAAAGCAAAAAAUGGCCGCGUGUCACCAGGAGAUGUGUUUGUAACAACAAGUGGAAACCUUACUGUAAAACGUUUACUGCACGCUGUCAUGCCGUACAAUGAUGAUCUCGAACAAGAUGCUGAUGGAAUUCUGGCGAGUUUGGUGGACCAAUGUAUUUCAAAGGCAUCAGCACUUGGAGGGAAGUCUAUAGUGUUUCCGUUGAUUGGAACUGGUCAAUUCCACUUUUCUCUGGAUACAGUUGCUGAGAUUCUUCUCACGAAUAUUAUGACAUUUUUUAGAGAAGAAAAUGAUACCGUUUUAGAAAGAGUUUACAUUUGUGAUGUGGACGAAGAAAAGCUCAAGAAUGUCAUUAUGCAAGCUAAAAAGAUGUCAGAUUACAAGGACAAAGAUGAUUCAGGUGAAAGUCCAACAAGCCGUCAAUGUGGGAAGUCUAUAAAAUGUGAUAUCACAAUGGAGCCUCUGGCCGAACUGCAGGCGGACGUUUUUGUGAAUGCAGCAACCCAGGAUAUUAAUCUUCGGGUAGGUGCUCUUGGGAGGGCUAUUUUAGAUGUUGCUGGAGAAGAGGUUUUGGACGAUAUCAAACGCGCUUAUCCUGAUGGUGUUCGAUAUGGCGAAGUAGCUAUUUCUAACACUGGAAGAAUGAAAGACCGGGUUAAGGCAUUCUUCCAUGGACAAAUCCCUAACUGGAGUCCGAACCAUGGAUUUGCAGAAAUCGUCUUAUCCAACUUUGUGACUGAGUGUCUACAAGAGGCUAAUAGGCGCAGCCAUCGUUCAAUCGCAUUCCCCGCGCUCGGAUGUGGCAUGAGAGGAUACCCGCCUGUCGUUGUAGUGACAACUAUGCUUCGUGCGAUAACCGAAUAUGCAAGAAAAGCUCCAAGAACUACAGUUGAUCUUGUGAAAUUUGUUAUUCCUCAAAAUAGUUCAGAUCUUUUCGAGGUGUUCAAUGAGUUUGUAUCUGAAAACAAGGGUAUUGAAACGAGGAGCUUUGUCAGAGAAUACUUUGGUCGUUCCCGGUCAUUCAACGAGCUCUUUCUUCAGAGAAGCAGUCACCAGAUUCAAGUAGGUCCUGUGUCUUUUAAGUUGACCCUUGGAAACAUUACCAUGGAGAGCGCACACGCAAUUGUUAAUUCCACCGAUGUCGCAUUAAAUUUGAAGCUUGGUCGUGUGUCAUCUAUGAUUCUUUUAACUGCAGGAAAGGUCAUUCAGCUAGAAUGCAACACUGACGAGAAGAAAAAUCAAGCCCUGGAAAAUAAAAUAGUUACAACAGGCCCUGGGAGACUGUUAUGCAAGAAAAUCCUGCACUUGGUCGCCGGAGAAAAUAUUCAGCAGUGGAGAAAAUGCGUGAAACGUUGUCUCCAGACGGCGGAAGCGGAGAAUCUGCCAAUUGUAGCGUUUCCUGCAAUCGGAACAGGUCGAUGUGGACAAUCAGCACAUGCCAUGGCCGACGUGUUUGCAACCACUGUGAAGAAGUAUGUUGAAAGCACCAAAUACAGGGGCGUCCUCAGAGCUAUUAGAAUUGUCAUCUUUGAUCAGGAAAUGUUAGACGUGUUUAGAGCAACCAUUAACAAGAGGCUCUUUGGCAAAAGGAGGGAGUCGUGGAAAAAAAUCCUCAUGAGAGGCACAGAGGAAAGCUUUGAAAGUAAAGCCGAUGUCAAAUUCCACAUAUUUGCUGAGACAGAGAAAGAAACAGAACGAGUCAUUCAAGAACUUCAUUCCUUAAAGACGGAGGAGAAGAUCGCUUUUCCAUCGUCGGUUGUAAGCCGUCUUUCAGAGUCACAGGAACACGCACUUAAAGAUAUAGGAAAGCGUAGAAGGACAGUUAUAGUUGGUAUAGACAGGAAGGAUGGAUCCAUAGCCGUGACUGGCUUUGACAGUGAUGUUGCACAGACCAAACUAGAAAUAGAAAGAUAUCUAGCAAACCAUUCAAAUGUGGCACUACCAGAUCAUUGGAGUAUGAAUGCAUCCGAAUCUCCAAAACUUGUUGAACUGCAAAAAGAUGACUCAGAAUACAAGAUGGUACACAGUCUUUGUGAUCAGACGCUUCCUUCUGGUACAUAUGUCAAGAUUGAACGCAUUCAGAAUCCGUUGCUGUACAUACAAUUUGAAGAACGAAAACGUGAAAUGACACAAAAAAGAAAUUGCGGAAUUUUUAUGAGCAAUUUAUGGUAUGGUGGAGGAAGUGCUGAAGAUGCCUCGUACAUUUCAAAUCAUGGAUUCGGCAGGCUUUGUGGAACUAGGUCUUCAUUCGGAACGGGAGUACGUGUUACCAAAGACGUUCUGGCUGCGUAUGAGUUCUGCAGUCGGGAUCUAACAGGAGUAAAGGUUUUGAUGCUUGUAGAUGUGCUUGUCAGUGACCGAUCCGCAAUGGACUUAGAUGUCGUUCAAAUAACGGAGUCUAACCAUGCUUAUCCGAAAUUUGUCGUGUACUUUAAGCAACAGUUUUAAACGACAGAAACUAUGGCCAGUGCGCUUAUCAUACAUUUAAAGUAUUUAUUGGCAAAUUUAACGUAAAUUUUAUGUCAUGGUAAAAGAAAUUUUAUUUAGUCAAAGUAAGCAAAAAUGUGAACUGAUUUGUUAAUAAUUUUCCAAUUAUUACUACAAACCAAUCAAUCAUUUAAAAGUGCAACCUUUCCAAAAUAAUCAACAACUUAUCAAAGUGUUACACAAUUGACUGCAGGUUUUUAAGUUGCAAGAACGUGAUAAAAAACAAACAACUUGUCGUUAAAAUUUGCUUGGCUCUAAACAUGACACACAUAUUGUCUUUUAAAGAUGUGCCCAUUUUGGUCCGUCGAAAUCACUUGUGCAAUUAUUAUGGAAGUCUUCAAGAUCGCUUUGUCAUUUUGAAAGGUAUUAGCGCAAACACUAAAGGGGGGCGUUAAAAACCCCAAACAGUUAACUGUCAUUUUAUGGGUAUUUUAGGUACAUGAUAUUUAUUUUUAUUUAUUUUCGAUGUAAGAUCGCAAUAAAUUACACCUCAUUAACACUAAAAGAUUUGAAACAUAAUUUAAUUUUGAUACUCAUUUGUGAUCUUACACGGAAACAAACAACUAUCUCCUAUGUCAUGGCUUGCGCGUCAAACUAUUUAUCAACAUUGAACCAAAGGAGUGCAUUGUCCACAGUCCAAUAACAAUUCUGGUACUUGAUACAAUGUUCUUAAAACUCCUCUUGUAACUUUAAAAGCAUGCUCUCAGUAGCUUCUAAUAAAACUUGAAUUUGAAUAAUUCAAUCAUGAUCAAUCACAGUUUCCUUUGAGCAUUUGUACAAAUUUCUCCAUUUAUUUUUCGGUAUUGUUUGUCUGUUUCUGGAAUUACUGGUACUAUUUAAGUACUUUUAUGGGUGUUUUGGUAUGUAUAUAUGAGCAAUUUGAUCGAAUUGUCUUGAAUCAACACAGAAUGGCUUGUGAUCAGCAAUGCCUUUGAGUGCGGUCCGCACAGCAUGUCCUACGAAACGAAGACAUGUUCUAUUUAAAAAAUGUACAGUUUGGUAAUAGAGCCAUUUAUGGUGUGAAUAUUGUCGCAAUUAUUAAGAGAGCUUGUUGUGUUGUAUUAACCAGUUCUAUGUAAACUUCUUUUGCAAAAAGUAUUUAAUUUGUGUAUAUUUAUUAAUUUAUUAACAUAUUGCAACUAUAGUAUUGCCAUAAAUUGUUUAUGUGUAAAAGCCAAAUGUAAGUUAGAUUGCUUUGCAAAAAAGUAUUUGCCGAUUUGUAUUCACUCACGUAUGUUUUUUUUUUCAAUUACACCAUUUCUUUUUACCAAAACCUUUACCUAUACACUAUCAUGAUACGAUAAUGUAGCGAAAAAAGUAGGUUGGAUAGCUAUAUAUGCAAACUAGUUAUUGCCCGGAGUAUCUCAUGCGUGUUUAUUUUUCAAAUUCUAACUUCUUUUCACGUUUGCCACGUAGCAUCACAAUACAUUGUUAAUGAGUUGAAGACGAAAUGUAAUUUGAAAGGCUGUAAAUUUUAUUUAUACAGAUUUUAAACAUUUGCCGCUUAGUAUUUCUAUUCAUGUUACGUGAUAAACGUGAACAACACGGAAUGGCUUGUGAUCAGCAAUGUCUUUGAGUGCGGUCCGUACAGCAUGUCCUACGAAAAGAAAACAUUUUCUAUUCCAAACAUGUUCAGUAUAGUAGUAGAGCCAUUUAUGGUGUGCAAUUUGUCGCAAUUAUUCAGAAAUCUUGUGUGUUGUGUAAACCAGUUCUAUGCAAACCUAUUUGCAGAAAGUAUUUCAUUUAUGUAUAUUUAUUCAUUUAUAAACAUAUUGCUCAUACAGUAUUGCCAUAGAAGAAGAAGAAGAAAGUUUAUUAAAGCCAUAAAUUGUUUAUGUGUAGAACGCCAAACGUAAGUUGGUUAGCUAUGCACACAAGUAAUUGCCGAUUUGUUAUCACUCAUGUAUAUGUUUUCCAAAUACACCAAUUGUUCACCUAUACCUAUACGUUUAAACUUUUAACAAUUGUUCACGUCUGUCACGUAACAUUGUAAUACAUUGUUAAUGGAUAGAAGACGAAAUGUCAUUUUGAAAGGCUUUGGAUUUAUUUUUGUCGAGAUCAUUUUAUUGAUGUAUAUGUUUUAUUUAUACAGAUUUUAAACAUUUAGCGAGUAGUAUUGCUAUUCAAUGUUAAUUUCAUCAAGGCGAAAUGUAAGCUGGAGAUGUUAUGAAAAAAUAGUUCUCGCUAAAAUCAUGUAUACAGGUAUCAAUUAAAAUAUAGUAACUUUGUUAUAAAUUGUCAAAUUGCCUUGCAUAAAUAAUAUUUUUUAAAACGAGGCAUCUGAACGUUUUGCCAUUUUUCUACACUGGUUUGCUAGGCAUAAUUGUACAUCGUAUAUGCCAAACUACAUACAGCGAUUACCUCCCUUUGCCGCAUAGUAAUCACUGCCACAGGUCAUGUUAUCAGAUGAUCAUAAAAACACCACGUGACUUCAUUCAAAGUUAUUGUUUCUGUCAUUUUAAAUAAAGCAAAUGAUUUUUUAACUCUGAAAUCAGCAACUUUUAAUGAACCGUUGAUAAAAUAUUUUAUAAAUAUAAUUUGAAUGUUAACAUUAUUACUUCAGUAUAAUCAUACAUAUUAGAA